UGCACACACACACACACACACACUGCUGACACGCGAAUCUGCACCAUUGAUCUCAUCUAAUCUGACAGUUUUGUCUGACAGAAUGAUCCAAUUAAAUGUUAAAUGAGAUGCCAUGUCAUUUGGUAAAUCACUCAUAAUUGCCGAGGUAAAAGACAAUGACUUGGCAUAUUAUACAUUUUAAUUAAUGGAUUUAAGGAUUAAUUUCUUAUAGAACAAAAACAAACACAAGACUUCGGCAGAUUGAAAAGGAGCAUUUUGUAAUUGUUGUCUGGCUUCAUGUAAUUAAAUCUGAGAUGGUCUUGAGCACAUCAAGCAAAUAAAAAUAAACACUCAUUAGGCGUGUUGAGUAAGCUGUUGACUGUAAAGGCACUAAUUGGACUUCUUGCAGCAUCUCACUAUCGACCUGUUUGUAUAAAUAAAACUGCUAAUGACACAGAUUCAUAACUGCAUUCGUUAACAUUGUUUUAUUACCUGUCAGACCUGGACAUGUUAAGGACCAAAAAUGAAACGAUACUUUAAAAAAAAAAAUGUUGAAAUUAGCUGGCGUUAUCAUCUGAGUGAUAAUUAUUUACUGCAGGAUUUGACUUUAUGCCUCCUGCUACAUCUCUUCUCUGAAGAAGAGAAAGUUCAAGUGAUGGCAGUCAACCCACAGCACCUGCACCUGGCUGAAGUAACCACUGAGCACUUCAUCAGCGUGUGGGAACGCUACGACCACCACGGAAAUGGCUGGAUUGAAGGAAAGGAACUGGGGAGUUUUUUCAAGGAGUUGGAGGCAGUGCUGAGGGGAACCAACAUGGAUUCUGCGAAUGGAGCUUUAAAAGAGAAGACGCAAGAGUUCAUGAAGAAAAUUGAGAAAAAUGCUGAGAGAAAGAUCGAGAUGUCAGAGGUGGCUCAGGUCCUGCCUACUGAAGAGAACUUUCUGCUAUGUUUCAGACAGUUCUUGGGAUCCAGCAUUGAGUUCAUGACGGCGUGGAGGAAAUACGACACGGACCGCAGUGGAUUUAUUGAGUCAAACGAACUAAAGAAUUUUUUAUUUGACCUCUUGAAGAAAACGAACAGACACUAUGAUGACAAAAAGAUGAAUGAGUACACACAGACUAUUCUGAAGAUAUUUGAUUUGAACGGUGAUGGAAAACUGGGACUGUCUGAGAUGGCCAGGCUGCUUCCAGUACAAGAGAACUUCCUGCUCAAGUUCCAGAGCUUCAAACUGUCCUUGGAUGAGUUCGAUGACAUCUUCACUUUCUACGAUAAGGAUGGAAACGGUUACAUUGAUGAACAGGAGCUGGAUGCGCUGCUGAAGGAUCUGUACCAAAAACACAAAAUGGAGGCAGACACAGGUAGCCUGGCCAGCUCGAAGAAGAGCAUCAUGGCUCUGUCUGAUGGAGGAAAACUUUUCCGUACUGAGCUGGAAAUCGUUCUGUGCAAGGAUCCCCCUGUCUGAUCUCUGACACUUGACCCUGUCAUCCCAUCCCACUAAAUGCAGGUGCAUGUGCAUGUUCCAUCUGAUCAAAUGUAUUUACCGCUACAUUGAGAAGUUGCGCAUAUUUAAAUACAUUUGAUCACUUUACAUCUGAACUAAAUCUCCUCCUUUAUUUAAACACUUCCCAUGUUCUGAGUUACACUGAUACUCUAUUACUACUCUCUCCCCGCUCUCUCACUAUCUCUCUCCCCCCCCUCUCUCCCCCCUCCCCCCCUCU